AUGACUUGCAAUCCAAGUUGGAGUGAAAUCAAAGAAGAAUUGUUACCAAAUGAAGAGCCACAAAAUAGACCUGAUCUUUUUGUCCGAGUAUUUAAAAGCAAAUUUGAGCACUUGAAAAAUGAAGUUAUAAGAAAAAAAAAACUAUUUGGUCUAGUUGCAGCUUUCACAUAUGUAAUCGAAUUUCAAAAACGGGAUCUUCCUCAUGUUCAGUUACUUCUUAUUCUUCAGCAAGGUCAUAAACUAGAUUCUCCAGAAAAAUUUGAUGAUUUUAUAUCUGUCGAGUUGCCUGACAAAGAAAAGUUUCCUCACUUGUACUCAAUGGUUGUCAAACACAUAAUGCAUGGUCCUCGUGGUUCUUUGAAUUCUAAUAAUGUUUGUAGGAAAAAUAGCCUAUGUAAGAACCAUUAUCCUAGAGAUUUUGUUUCAAUGACAACCAUGAAAGCUGAUGGAUACCCUAACUAUAGGCGGCGCAACAAUAAUGAAACAGUUAAAGUUCGAGGGCACAUGUUGGACAAUAGAUAG